UAUGCUAUUUGCUUCUUGUUUUUCCAAUCUGCUUGUCUCUUCUGUAGUGAGUCCAGUUUGUGUGCUGUGAGAGCAACAGUCUUGCUUUAUGAUGACAGCAGUAAGCGCUGGGUACCGGCAGGGUCAGAUGCAACCCAUGUCAGCCGUGUCCAGAUCUAUCACAACGCUUCAACAAACACCUUCAGAGUGGUGGGCCGCAAACUGCAGGCUGACCAGCAGGUAGUGCUCAACUGCCCCAUUGUCAAAGGGAUGAAGUAUAAUCAAGCAACAGCAACCUUUCAUCAGUGGCGAGAUCCUAAACAGGUGUGGGGAUUAAAUUUUGGCAAUAAAGAAGAUGCAGCUCUGUUUGCCAACUCCAUGACUCACACAUUAGAGGUUCUCAGUGGAUCUGGAAGUGCAGGUUCUGCUAACAAUGGACCAUCUCCUCAACAAUUUGAAGAGCAGAAAAGACUUGAGCGACAAAAGCAGGAGCAGCUAGAGAGAGAGCAAAAGCGGUCAGAUACCCCCGCCUCUUCGCCAGUUGCUCCUCCAGCUCCACCACCACCUCCUCCAGCUCCAACCCCACCAGCACCUCCACCCCCUCCCUCUGGUGGUGCAGUCCCACCUGCACCACCUCCACCCCCUGCAGGAGGAAGUGGAAAAGUUGGAGGUCAAGGGGGCGGUAGUGAUCUUGCUUCCGCCCUUGCAGGAGCUAAAUUACGGAAAACAGUAAAGGUAGAGACAUCACACUGGAUAUCCAUGACAGAGGAAGAUAUUUCAAAAUAUGGAUAUGACGUCUGGCUCAAUCUAUCUUAUGUAUUUUAUACAUUUAUUUUUGUCUCUCUUAUCAGGAAGAAAGCUGCUGAUAAGCCUGUGGAAAAAGUGAAAGAACCUUGCGAUGAAGAAUGUGCUCCUGCAAAUGCAAAGUUCUCUGGAUCAGGGGCAGAAAUCAACGAGCUGAAAUAUAAAUCUGCUUCAACACCAAGGCCAAAAACUGCCACCCAGAAAGACAUCAGCUCCAGCACAUCUGCCCAGAGUCCUGGGUCCAGGCUGAAAGUGGUGAAGAAAAAGUCAGAUAGUGAAGAAGGAGACGGUGAUAUGGAGCGUGUCAAACAGGAGAUUAUAGAAGAGGUGAAAAAAGAGCUUAACAAGAUGAAGGAUGAGAUUAUCAAAGCUUUGCUCGAGGAACUCCAAAGAUAAAUGAUGUACGUUACAUACACCAGAAAGGCCUAACAAUAUGAUGAAGAGAUGUGAUCCUCAUGCAAAUUGCUGGCAAAAUACUUACUGUAAUUUUGACUGAAUUAAAUGUUUAAACAUCACUUAUCUUUUUCGAUGCUAUUUAGAUUUUAAUUCUGAUAUUGAUGCUAAUAUAAACUAUUAUAAAUAAUAAAUUG